AGAAAUAAUGAGCUUUUGAAUUGAUAAGAUCAUAACGAAAUUGAUUCAUGGAACAACAUGAGUGCGAGUUGUUCGACACGCAUCAGUUUCGAACCAAUAGUCUUCUGGCAGUCAUGGACUUCUACUACUUACCGGGAUCGGCUCCGUGCCGUGCAGUGAUGAUGGUCGCCGAAACAGUGGGAGUCGAGUUGAACUACAAACUCACCAAUCUGCUGAACGGUGAUCAUCUGAAGCCGGAGUUUCUCAAAUUAAAUCCACAACACUGUCUGCCAACUCUGGUGGAUGGAGAUUUUGUCUUGUGGGAGUCACGUGCCAUCGCCCUCUAUCUGGUGGAGCAGUACGGCAAGGAUGAUCGAUUGUACCCGAAAGAGGUCCGCAAGCGAGCCGUGGUGAAUCAACGGCUGUUCUUCGACGCCACAGUUCUAUAUUGCCGGUUCGCGGAGGCAUUCUAUCCGGCGAUGAAGCUGCCCGCGAAGGAUUCGAGAGAGUUGCAAAAAUUGGAUCAAGCGGUGGCGAUGUUGGAGGUGUUUCUGGAAGGGAAAGAAUUCGUUGCAGGAGGGGAUGGCUUAACGGUGGCUGAUAUAAGUACUCUCGCCACCAUAACGACGUUUGAUGUGGCUGAUUAUGAUUUGGAGAGGUAUCCGAAUGUUUAUAGUUGGUAUAAGCGGGUUAGCGGCUUAACUCCCGGAUGGAGGAAAAACAGAAGAGGCGCUAUGCAAGCAAUUUUGUAUCGAAAGUUCUUCCAGGUGUACUAUCCGAAGUAUUUCACCAAUGUGGAAAGAGAAUUAGGUGAAUCGGAAGCCAUAGAAUUGCUUAAUUUUUUGGAGCAGUUCCUGGAUGGUAUUACGUAUUUAACGGGCGAAGUAAUCUCUCCUAUUGAUCGGCAGGUCACCCAGGUGAUAGGUAAGAUCCAGCAACAAGGGAUUUCUAUAAGUCAGUAUUCAAAUGUUUUGACAUGGGCUUCGAACAUCGGAGGUCUACAAUUGAAAUAAAAGCUUUUCCAUGCUAAUAACAAG